AGAGUGGUUUAUGGCUCUUCAGGGUUGUUUCAGGCGAAAUGUGACAGUAGUUACUAUGUAUGCAUCAUUGGGAGAGGAAGCUUUAUCAUAUUCAUUGAAUGAGACAGAGGUUACAACAGUAAUUUGUGGGCGAAAAGAAAUGAAAACACUAGUAAAUAUAAGUGGACAACUUGACACAGUGAAACGUGUGAUUUGCAUGGAUGAUGAUAUCCCAUCUGAUGCCUCUUCUAUUGCAUAUAACUGGACAAUCACUUCGUUCUCUGAGGUUGAGAGACUUGGCAGAGAAAACCCUGUUGAAGCUGAUUUACCACUUUCAGCAGAUGUUGCAGUUAUAAUGUAUACAAGUGGAAGUACGGGAUUACCCAAGGGUGUGAUGAUGACACAUGGCAAUGUCUUAGCUACACUCUCUGCUGUCAUGACCAUUGUUCCCGAUAUUGGGACCAAGGAUAUAUAUCUUGCAUACUUGCCGAUGGCUCAUAUCUUAGAAUUAGCAGCUGAGAAUUUGAUGGCAGCUGUUGGAGUUCCUAUAGGAUAUGGAUCUCCUUUGACCCUUACUGACACAUCAAACAAGAUUAAGAAAGGAACAAAGGGGGAUGCUACUGCACUGAGUCCAACUCUAAUGGCAGCUGUACCAGCAAUUCUUGAUCGUGUUCGUGAUGGAGUGUUCAAGAAGGUAAAUGCAACAGGAGGAUUGCCAAAGAAAUUGUUUUAUUUAGCCUAUGCCCGGAGGAUGCAAGCAGUUAAUGGUAGUUGGCUUGGAGCUUGGGGUUUGGAAAAGGCUCUUUGGGAUUUUCUUGUGUUCAAAAAGGUCCGAGCUAUUCUGGGCGGCCGAAUCCGUUUUAUACUAUCUGGUGGUGCUCCCCUUUCUGGUGAUACCCAGAAGUUCAUCAACAUUUGUCUCGGUGCUCCAAUCGGUCAAGGAUAUGGUCUUACAGAGACUUGUGCUGGUGGGACAUUCUCUGAUGUUGAUGACACUUCUGUUGGUCGUGUUGGACCACCUCUUCCAUGCUCAUUUAUUAAGCUAAUCAACUGGCCUGAAGGUGGAUAUUUAACAAAUGACUCACCAAUGCCCCGUGGAGAAAUUGUAAUUGGUGGUCCAAAUGUCACUCUAGGGUAUUUCAAAAAUGAAGAAAAAACGAAUGAAUCGUACAAGGUUGAUGAAAGAGGCAUGAGGUGGUUUUACACUGGUGACAUUGGCAGAUUUCAUCCAGAUGGAUGCCUUGAAAUCAUUGACCGUAAAAAGGACAUUGUUAAACUGCAGCAUGGAGAAUAUGUCUCCUUGGGAAAGGUUGAGGCAGCUCUUAUUGUUAGUCCCUUUGUGGACAAUAUUAUGGUCCAUGCUGACCCUUUCCACAGUUACUGUGUGGCACUUGUGGUGGGUUCUCAGUUCACAUUGGAGGAAUGGGCUUCACAACAAGGAAUUUCAUAUGUCAAUUUUUUAGAUCUGUGUGCAAAAGAAGAAACUGUGAAGGAGGUGCAUGCAUCACUUGUAAAGGAGGGAAAGAAGGCUCAUCUGGAGAAAUUUGAGAUUCCUUCAAAAAUUAAAUUGCUUUCUGAUCCAUGGACCCCUGAGUCUGGCCUUGUUACUGCUGCUCUCAAACUCAAGAGGGAGGCAAUAAAAAAGACUUUUAAUGAGGAACUUACAAAGUUGUAUGCUUCAUAGGCUAAGGACACUAAUCUUUUUACCAGCAUUUCCCAUUUGCAUAGGGCAGGUUGAGGUGAGAAGGGUUUUGUAUUUUUUUGUUAAUCAUUUUGUUUUUUCCAUUUGAAGUUUAUCAUGCAAAGUGAGGCUUAUUACGUGCAGAAGGCCAAUACGUUGAAUAAUUUAAUUUACUGAAGUAGUAACACUGUAAAAUGAACUUUUAUCAGACGUUAUUGUUGUAUCAAUUUUCCAAUUAUAGAGUUACUCAGUAUAUUAUGUUUGUU